GACAGCGAACUUCUGACAUUCAACAUCUCCCGGCACCAGUCGUGGUGGAGCGAGAAUGGCCCUGGCUGCGUGAGGAAGGAGGCUCCCACGCCGGGCAUCAAGGGCCUGGACAGCCACUCGUACGUGUCGGUGAUGGGCUGCGCGCUGGAGCACCGCUACAUCGAGGUCGUGCACAGCUCCUUCCAGAUCCUCAUCGCGCUGGUGGGCUUUGUCUACGCCUGUUAUGUUGUUAGUGUUUUUACAGAAGAAGAAGACAGCUCAGUAUCUACCUUUCAAGUACCAGCUGUUUUUACUAUGAGAUUUUUGUCCCUGCAUCAUUAUGUGUUGGGUGCUGUAAUCCUGUUACUCUUUCAGCACAGGAAA